CCUGCGUCUGCCUGCGGGGCGGCGGCAUCGGCAUCGGCAUCGGCGGCGGUAGGGCUGCCGGGAUGAUCCGGUUCCGGAGCUCCAGCAUCAGGUCGCUGAGCCCGGAGAUGAAAUGCACCCUGAGGCUGCUGGACGACUCCGAGAUCUCCUGCCACAUCCAGAGGGAAACUAAAGGUCAGUUUCUGAUAGAUCACAUCUGCAACUAUUACAGCUUGCUGGAAAAAGACUACUUUGGCAUUCGAUACGUUGACCCUGAGAAGCAGAGGCACUGGCUUGAGCCCAACAAGUCCGUCUUCAAGCAAAUGAAAUCUCACCCACCAUAUACCAUGUGCUUUAGAGUCAAAUUCUACCCACAUGAACCCUUGAAGAUUAAAGAAGAGCUCACCAGAUACCUCCUCUAUCUACAAAUAAAAAGGGACAUUUUUCAUGGCCGUUUGCUAUGUUCAUUUUCUGAUGCUGCUUACCUGGGUGCCUGUAUUGUCCAAGCUGAGCUUGGUGAUUAUGAUCCUGAGGAACACCCAGAGAAUUACAUCAGUGACUUUAAGAUUUUUCCCAAGCAGUCACAAAAGCUCGAGAAGAAAAUAGCUGAAAUGCAUAAAAAUGAAUUGAGAGGUCAGACCCCAGCUGUUGCUGAAUUUAACUUACUUCUGAAAGCAUGUUCUUUGGAAACUUAUGGUGUUGAUCCUCAUCCUUGCAAGGACUCAACAGGGACAACUACAUUUUUAGGAUUCACUGCUGCAGGAUUUGUAGUUUUCCAGGGAAAUAAAAGAACUCAUUUAUUAAAAUGGUGUGAUGUCUACAAACUGAAAUUUGAAGGAAAGACUUUUUAUGUAUUUGGAGCUCAGAAAGGGAAAAAGGUUGUGCUGUCAUUCCAUACCUCUACACCAGCAGCCUGCAAGCAUCUUUGGAAAUGUGGGGUGGAGAACCAGGCUUUUUACAAGUAUGCAAAAUCCAGUCAGAUCAAGACCAUGUCCAGCAGCAAGAUAUUUUUUAAAGGCAGCAGAUUUCGAUAUAGUGGAAAAGUAGCCAAAGAGGUUGUGGAGGCAAGCUCAAAAAUCCAGAGGGAACCUCCUGAAGUUCACAGAACCAGUGUUACCCAGAGCCGCAGCUCUCCCUCAUUGAACAAGCAACUCAUAAUCAACAUGGAACCUCUGCAGCCCCUCCUUCCUUCUCCCUGCAAGGAGGAAGAGGUUCCUUUAGAUGAAGGUAUACAGCUGCCAAAUGAAGAUGAGAUUUCAGUACCUGUGACUUCAGGUUCGCCAGCUAAGGACACUGAGGAGAAUUUUGAUCUUGCCAUUGAACAGGAAGAAAAGAUGAAAGAAGAACCUUUAACAAUCUCAGAACUGGUAUACAAUCCUAGUGCCAGUUUGCUGCCCACCCCAGUUGAUGAUGAGAUUGACAUGCUCUUUGAUACCUGUCCAAGAGCAGAGAAUGAGAAAGAUGAUACAGAUUCAUUUGAGGAACUGGAAGCAGAUGAAAAUGCAUUUUUGAUUGCAGAGGAGGAAGAACUGAAAGAAGCUCGGAGGGCGCUUACGUGGAGCUGUGACUUUCUAAUGGGCAACCUAGAGGUGAAUGCCUUCGUGAAGAGUUUCUCCAGACUUCUCCUUGUAGGCUUUGGACUGUUGUUCUUUGUGUUUCCUCUUCUUCUUGUUCUGUUGGAGUCGGACCUUCAAAUCUCUUUUCUUCAUGAAAUCCGUCAGACACCAGAGUUUCAGCAGUUUCACAUUGAAUAUUACUGCCCCCUUAGGCAGUGGGUGGCUUGCAAAAUAAACUUCUUUCAUGACAUGCUGGGAAGCUUCUAAAUUUUAAAUAAGUAUGAUACAACUAAGGGCUAUAUUCAAAAUUUCAGUUAAUGCAAGUUUUCCAUAACAUCCCUGGGGCCAUCGGUUGGUAGCUGUCUUCAUAUCCAGUUCAUUACAGGCUUUGGGUUCUUGAAUUUCCUUCACACACUUAAAUUGCCCCUUUAGUUACAAGCUUAUAGAGUCACCUUUCAGUGACCAAGAAGCAGCAUUAUUUUAAUUGCAUUUCAGACUUCCUGUUCAUCUUACUUUUUUGCAUCAUAUUACAUCUAUUAUGUAAGACAGGGUCACAGUAAGCUUCAUUCUCCUUAACCUUUCAAUCCAUCCAUGACAUCGAAUACAAUGAAACUGAAAGGAAAAGAUUUUUGAAUAUACUCCUUAGUACAUCAAUCUCUUCUAACCAAUGCCUAUACAAGCAAAGUUUAUGCUGGGUUUUCGGGAUUUGUUUUUUUGUUUGUUUUUUCUGUUUAGUUUUUUACAUUUUUAUGUGUUUAAAAUUUUUCAUAAAUUUUUAGCAAAAGACACCUUCUGAUGUUAUUUAAAUGUAUGAAUUGGCAAGAAUAAUGCACAAGGACAUGUAGGGUGUUUUUAGUUUUUUAGCAAUUUUUUUUUUUUUUAAUGAUUAUCUGGACAAUGAAUGAGUUUAAUAUAGGUUUAUACAGAGGGAUUGUGGUUUGGCAAAUAUAUAGAAAGUUCAUUCAAGUUCAGUAGGGGCUAGCUGAGGGAGGUGAAAGGACACUAAGUGUGCAGAAGAAUUUCUGAAAGGCACAGUAGUGAAGCUUGGGGAAGUGAGCAGAACGGAAAGCAAUGAUCCUUCCUCUUACAUGUCAGGUUGUCUUACUUUAUCAGUGCUGUAGAAAGUCUCUACUAGGUAGUCCACGUAUGUUCUGUGAGAGAGUCUACUGUUUAAGUGUAGAUUAUUGUACAUAACGUGUGGAAGAAGAUACUAGAAAGUAGGAAAAAAGAAAAAAAAAAGAAAAAAAGGCAAGGCAAACCCUAGCUACAUCAGUAGGUGAGUGACCUACUUUAGAAAUUAUACAGAAGAAAAAUGUAUUCCUUUUUAGAAGCAAAGCAUUAGGCUGUACGGUUGAUAUAAAAUAUUCUGCUGACUCACAGUUAAAGGCCUAAACACUUGGAGAUGCAUCUUCAGCCUCGAGGCCCAUUAUCACUAAUCUUUAAGACAACAUAUUUUCUGUGCAUACUAAUAUGCUUCCUAUCAUGUAUAGCAGCAUAUUUACUUUCUUUCCCUGGUACUGUGAGCCCAGUUGCAAGAUCUAAUGCUGUUUUGUGUAACGUGGAUUUGUAUAUCUAAAGGUAUUGCAAUAUAGCUUAGAGAAUAUACUUAAAAUUUUGACAACGCUGACAGCAUUUGAAGACAACAGAGGCUGUAUUUAAGAGGAGAAAGGUUUUGGUUUUUUCCAUGUCCCAGUCAUAGUGCAGGCAUAUUUAAUAUUUAAACUAGGAAACUGAUUUUCAUCUCUUUCUCCUGCUUUGAGAGUUGUGAGUUGGAGACAUUUUUGAGUCUGUUUCACUAGACCUGGAUUUAACACCUUGUAACUAUAUCUGUAUUUCCUAUUGAAUAAAUUCCUUUAGUUGUUUGUUAUAUUAGAGAAUCAGUUUUGCUUGGUUUCUCAUGUAAGUCUUUGCAAAUAUCUAGUUUGAAAGUAGCAAUUUACUUAGAGAACUUCUCCUUCCCUUCUGAUCUUCUUUAGUUUUUGAAUGAUAAAACAGAUGAAGGGCUUAGGAGUUCCUUUUCUCAGUUUUCUCAGACUUUUAGAUUGCUGCUCAUUUUCGAACCAACAAAGGCUAAAGUAAACAAAGGCCUUUUUUCCCUUGUCUUAGUUUUUCCUUGCUAGUCUGUUUCCCAGAAGAAUCAUUAUUAUUAGUUACUUGAUGUGUUUUUCUUCUUGUGCUACUUGCAGCUAAAUGAUCCUUUCCCAUGAGGUAAUAAUUGUUCAGCCUAAUAGAAAUGGAGACUGAACUAAAGCAGACAUUUAUCUUUAAGGGGAAGUUACUCACUUGCAUUGGUUCUUAACAAAGGUGUCUGAAAAGGUGUUUGGAGUGAUGAAGGCUGUGAGAGCUGGUAUCCUGCUGGGUUAUGGAGACAUUGUUCCGUACAGGCUACGUUAUUCUGGUACUUAUUUAGAAAAAUCCCAACAGUUAGAUCCUAUGUCAAAAAUAUAGUCUUGUCUCUAUAAAUUACAGCACUUCAGAAGCAGGAGUAUUGCUAUGCUUGAUUGACUCUUAUCAGAAAGUAGCUGAGCUGCAUGAGAAUAUAGUCUCAGAAAAUGUGCAGUGCAGUGAGGUUUUAUGUAGGGCUACAUUCAAGUGUGUGUGUGCACAUGUGCUUGCCUUUACAAACCAUGUGCGUAUGUUCAGACUUGACCUUUUAAAAUCCUUCCCUUCCUUCCUGAUAAUCUCUCGUCUAUCAAAGUAAUUUAACUGAAAGUCUUGACAGUCCUGUAUCUUAAAGGCCAGGACCACAUAAUACACAAAAAGAAUAUGGUUGGGCAUAUUUAGAGAGAGCAGCAAUCUAGUACCUUUUGGUGGGGAUAACAGACAUGGAUUUUUGAGCAUCUAUGGGUGCAGUAUUGUGUAUUUCUGUCUAUGCUUGGAUUAUAUUGUAAAAUGUUAUGUACUUGAAUUCUAUUUUGUGGUUUGUCUAACAUUUAUAAAUACAACUCUGGGAAGAAUUAAAAAUGGUUUUAUUUCAUGGAGACUAAGGGGAAUAUACCUGUAACUUGAGCCUUAUCUUUGUACAGUGAAUUUCACAUUUCUAUAUGUCAACAUCCUGAUUGUUUUGUAUGUUGAUAUGAUGGCAGGAAUCCCUAAUAAAAUAUACUGGUGAAAAGC